AUGUUCAUUGCUGUCCAGAAAUUGAAAAAAGCCAAACACAUGCUAAAGGAGUUCAAUAUUACAGCUUUUGGUGACAUAUCUGGUGCUUAUUAUAGUUCUAUUCAAGAACUUAAAAAUUUUCAAGAAGCUUUACAAAGAGAUCCCUUCAAUCCAGAGGUAAUGGAAAAGGAAAAAAUAGCUAGACAAAAGAAACAGUUGGCUGCUAGUAAUUACCAAUCACUGUUGUCACAUAAGGCAAAAUUUGAGUGGAAUCAAGGUGGUGAUGAGAAUACUAAAGUCUUUCAUAGAAGUUUAAAGGUGAAGAGAGAGCAAAGCACUGUAUAUGCGAUUAAAAAUGCUAGUGGUAAAUGGGUGGAUGAAGCUGAGGAAGUGACAAAGGCUUUUGUUUACUUUUAUGAAGAACUUUUGGGUACUGAUAUGGUUGGCAAGAGAAUUGUAAAUGCCAAGAUUGCUCAAGAAGGUACAACAGUUACAGAGAGUCAAAGGGAUUUUUUGUUGAGGCCAUACACUGAGGAUGAAGUUAAACAAGCACUUUUUUCAAUUCCAGACUCGAAGGCCCCUGGACCUGAUGGGUUCAACAAUACUUUCUUUAAAAAGACAUGGCAUAUUGUUGGUAAGGACAUUACAUUAGCUAUUAUUUCCUUUCUGAAUUCAGGAGAGAACCUGAAGGAAAUAAAUAAUACCACCCUUACUUUAGUUCCAAAAGUGAAAUGUCCGGAUACUGUUGCGGAUUUUUGA